GAAUAUAGCGAUUUGCUGGAAGGAGAAAAUAGGCUUUUAACCACGGGAAGCCGCGGCUUGCACAAUUUCUGUCGGAUCCGCAUGUGAACCUUCAAUCUUGGACCAAAAACGCGGUUUGGCAUUGUUUUCACACAGAAAGCGGCGGACGAACGAAUACGGGACCGGUGAAGGAGGACACGGCAAAGGAGAGACGAAGAAGAUGCUGUGAUACGCUCGCGGGGAGAGACGGAGCGGGAGGGAGGGGGCGCGUGCAUCUCUAAAGAUGGUUGUUUUGCCAGAAACAGAUGCAUUCCUGCUAAACCCACCACAAUGAGCGGUUUAGCUUUAAAUCCAAACUUCAUGCUUGUGAAAUUGUGACGGAGGAAUACACUUGCGUUUUGGCAUGGCUGGCUGAAUAGGGCACGAGAAUGGCUUACAUGUUUGUUUAACAAAAAAGGAUAACGUGCUGAGUCCCUCACCUGUGAUACAGGCCUAGGGCAUCCUUUUAAUUCUGAGACCGCUGUAGAUUUUCACAUAUCUGGCACUACACGGUGAUAGCAGGUGUUCGCUUUCAGAAAGAGACGAGUCGACUGCAAAGCUGAUGGAUAAAUCUAGAAACACUGGCAGCUUUUGCGUGGCCAGUAAUAGCUUGUGAAUGCUGCACUAAGCUUGCGUGUAUUUCAUGCACCGUUGAUGAGAAAAUCCAAGAACAACGAGUGAAAAGGGGGUUUCAGAGUAACUUGCAUAAUGUUUUACUAUUAAUGAAUACCCCGGAGAUGGGAUGUUUCAUUGCGAGCUCCAACAUGCAACACCCCUAGAUGAAGGCCAGGCCAUAUAAACAUGCUUCAGCAAAAAUUUAGAAUAUCCUGAGUACAGUUUCCAUUAUGCUCCUUUCGCGUAUUUUAGACCAGCGGGUGACGUUUUGAGAGUAUAAUACAAAGGUUUAUCGCGAUAGCACGCAGCGUAACCUGUACCAUGUCGAAAGAACUUUCCGUCACCCAGGCGGCUCAAUACGUUGGGCCAUAUCGAUUAGAAAAGACGCUUGGGAAAGGGCAGACAGGUUUGGUGAAACUUGGGGUUCACUGCAUCACCGGGCAGAAAGUAGCAAUCAAAAUAGUCAACCGGGAAAAACUCUCAGAGUCUGUGUUGAUGAAGGUGGAGAGAGAGAUUGCAAUCUUAAAACUAAUCGAGCAUCCGCAUGUUUUAAAGCUGCAUGAUGUUUAUGAGAAUAACAAGUAUCUCUAUCUGGUGUUGGAGCAUGUGUCUGGUGGCGAGCUUUUUGACUAUCUGGUGAAGAAAGGGAGACUCACGCCAAAAGAGGCCAGAAAGUUCUUCAGGCAGAUAAUAUCAGCUCUGGAUUUCUGUCACAGCCAUUCCAUCUGUCACAGAGAUCUUAAGCCGGAAAACCUCCUUCUGGAUGAAAAAAACAAUAUCCGAAUCGCCGACUUUGGCAUGGCCUCACUACAGGUGGGGGACAGUCUGCUGGAGACAAGCUGUGGAUCCCCACACUAUGCCUGUCCAGAAGUGAUCAGGGGGGAGAAAUAUGAUGGCCGGCGAGCGGAUGUGUGGAGCUGUGGUGUGAUUCUCUUUGCUUUGCUUGUGGGUGCACUCCCCUUUGACCAUGACAACCUGCGGCAGCUUCUGGAGAAGGUGAAGAGUGGCAUGUUCCACAUGCCCCACUUCAUCCCACCGGACUGCCAGGCUCUGCUGCGGGGCAUGAUUGAGGUGGACCCAGAAAAGAGGCUCACGCUAGAGGAUAUCCAGAAGCACGCCUGGUAUCAGGUGGGUCGUAACGAGCCAUGUCUGGAGCAGCCGCCACCGAGGCGGGUGUGUGUGAGGCGAAUCGUCUCUCUCACCGAGCUGGACCCAGAUGUGCUGGAAAGCAUGUAUUCUCUGGGCUGCUUCCGAGACCGUGUCAAGCUGACCCGAGACCUGCAGUGUGACGAGGAUAACCAGGAGAAGAUGAUAUAUUACCUCUUACUGGACCGUAAGGAGCGCUAUCCCAGCUAUGAAGAUGAAGACCUGCCACCCAGAAAUGAUGUAGAUCCUCCUCGCAAACGUGUGGACUCGCCAAUGCUGACCCGUCAUGGCCGCUGUCGUCCGGAGAGGAAGAGUCUGGAGGUGCUGAGUGUGACAGAGCAAGGCUCCCCUACACCCCCCCGCAGGGCCCUGGACACCUCUGCCCACAGCCAGAGAUCGCGAUCAGUAAGUGGAGCAUCUACUGGUCUUUCUUCCAGCCCUCUGAGCAGUCCCAGGGUCACCCCUCAAGGCUCGCCCCUGCCCACUCCUCUGGGCACCCCUGUGCAUCAUCCCCACCACCCCCCUGCUACUCCCCCUUCUUCCUCUUCCUCCUCCUCUUCCUCCCGUGCCGAAGGAGGAGGUGUGGGUGUUGGCUCGCUCUCCUUGACUCCUCCCUCCAGCCCAGGUGGGGGCAGCAGCAUGGCAGCUAGCAGCUCCGCUCACUGGAGAACCCGCCUCAACUCGUUCAAGAAUAACCUCCUAGGGUCACCGCGCUUCCAUCGCCGCAAACUACAGGUGCCCACAUCAGAGGAUAUGUCAAGCCUAACACCAGAGUCCAGCCCUGAGCUGGCAAAGCGCUCCUGGUUUGGGAACUUUAUCAGCCUGGAGAAAGAGGAGCAGAUUUUUAUGGUGAUCAGAGACAAGCCCCUCAGCUCCAUUAAGGCCGACAUCGUCCAUGCCUUCCUCUCCAUUCCAUCCCUCAGCCACAGCGUGGUUUCCCAGACAAGCUUCCGGGCCGAGUACAAGUCCUCCGGAGGUCCAUCUGUCUUCCAGAAGCCCGUCAAGUUUCAGGUGGACAUCUCUUUUUCAGAGGGAGAAAGGGCAAGGGAGAGGGAAAGAGACAGGGAAGGAAAGAGAGACUAUGGAAUCUACAGUGUCACUUUUACCCUCCUUUCUGGUCCCAGCCGCAGGUUUAAGAGAGUGGUGGAGACCAUUCAAGCCCAGCUGCUCAGCACACAUGACCAACCCUCUGUACAGGCUCUUGCAGAUGAGAAGAACGGGCGCCCCCCUGGGACACCAACCAGACAAAACUCACGCCGCUCAGAAGGCGGCGCCGACCGCUGUGAAUGGGUUGACCGGGGAGAGGGCGGGGCCCUGCUCCAGCGAAGGGGGUCAGGCAAGGAGAGGUCUCGCCUACUAUCCUCCAAUGGGACCCAGUCCCAGCCUUGAUCAGGAGGGACCCUUCAUCAAUCAGCAUCCCACAUAGAGCCAUGUCAUGACCCUGGAAACACUUGCUCAUGCAAACCUCUUACCCCUCUUGCUACCCUACAGCAUGAUGGUAAAAAAAAAACUGCUUUUGUUUUUUUUUUGGUUUCUUUUUUUUAUCUUUUAAAACAGUGAUUUAUUUUAAAACAGUGAUUCUUUAAGUAACUGAAUUCCAAUGCAAUUUAAUACACUUCAGAAAAGUAAAGGAAAGUCAAGAAAAGGCAUCACAACCCCCAACUACAGAGGACAGACAGCAGCAUUACCUGUAGUGGUUGUCAGAGACAUGAUAUUCCAUACCAUAAUCAAGUCCAGGGUCAGAAUAUAUCAUAGUAAAUGUUGAAGUUGUAAGUUAUAUAUGUCACUGAAAUGCAAGUAUUGGUCUCAUUAAUUCAUCACACUGCUGAAAUUAGUUCAAGCAAACCUCCAAUUCUGGCUCGCAUAUCUUCUGAUAGUAGAGAAUAAGCAGACCAUCAGAACACGCACACCUUGUUCAGCCGCCAUGAUUAUGGAGAAACAGCUUUGGACUGAAAUAUAAUGAAUGACGAAAAGGAGUUUUUUGGACCUUGUCCAGUGUUAUCAGCAGCAUAUAUUGCCAUUGAUAGACCACUGUAUUCCAAUACAGUCUACUUGCACAUGUUAAGAUACAAGAUGCACCAUCUGAAUAAAUGACAAUUCUUACAGAC